CUGCAGCAAGCUGUCAAAUUUCUCUUCUUUUCUCAUCACAUUUGCUGUACUGCCUGUGGAGUUUUAUUUCCUCGAUAGAAAGAUGCCACAGAAGAAGAAGAACAAGACGAAGAAGCAGUGCAAUGGUUUUUAUAUGUACAUGAUGGAUAAGAAACGAGGUUUUGAGUAGAAUGUGAUGUAGCCAAGAUCUGACAACGCGAUCCCCCAGUUGGCCCAUCCAGGAUGGAAGAGUGAUGUGUUUUCGCCAGCCCAUGCCUUAAUAGACCCGGAGCCAUUCUAUAAUGCAUGUCUGUACGAUUGGUGCGCCUGCCCAAUGCAAGAUAAAUGCCUCUGUGAUGUUCUCUCAGCUUAUGCACUUGGAGCAAGGGAAAAAGGAAUCACGUUAGAUUGGCAGAGAGAAAAUGAUUGUGUGAUGUUUCAUCGCCAGCCCAUGCCUUAAUAGACUCGGAGCCAUUCUAUAAUGCAUGUCUGUACGAUUGGUGCGCCUGCCCAUUGCAAGAUAAAUGCCUCUGUGAUGUUCUCUCAGCUUAUGCACACAAAGCAAGGAAAAAAGGAAUCACGUAAGAUUGGCAGAGAGAAAAUGAUUGUGAGUGAUGUGUCAUUGCCAGCCCAUGCCUUAAUAGACCCGGAGCCAUUCUAUAAUGCAUGUCUGUACGAUUGGUGCACCUGCCCAAUGCAAGAUAAAUGCCUCUAUGAUGUUCUCUCAGCUUAUGCACUUGGAGCAAGGGAAAAAGGAAUCACGUUAGAUUGGCAGAGAGAAAAUGAUUGUGCCAUUUCUUGUCCGAGAGGAGCCUACUAUGCAGAAUGCACCCCGCCGUGUGAAGUUACUUGUCAAUCAAUCAAUUCACAAGAGGCUCAAGAAUGUGUACAAUCACAAUGUGUACCUGGAUGUAAAUGCCCCGCUGGAAUGGUGCUACAUGACUUUGAAUGUAUUAGUAUAAGUGACUGCCCUGAACAAUGAAUGCAACAGUCAUCCACUGGGUAUAAAUGGGAUACAGUGGGAGUUAUUAAAGGCACUGUACACAUUUGGUAAUUGUCAAAGACUAGUGUUCUCACUU